GCAGGAACUUAUUCAAAUAUCGAAGAGCAGCCACAUUGCACGCGACGACAUUGACAAUAUGGAAUAUUUUAAGUGAAAACCCCCAUCCAACAGGAAGGAACUAAGAGCAACGGUGCAGGAAGAUUAAAUAUUCUUCCCAAAGUGCAAUAUUCUCACAUACUCCUUAAUUCACGCUGAUUUCCUCUCUUGGCGUAAAGUGAUCAAAGCAACAAUAUGCCAUAUUUUCCAAAUACCAAUAAAAGUCAGCAUGUUAAAAUGACAAGCAGCAACACGUCUUUAGACAACACCUCUGACCAAGAUUAUAGCGAAUUUUUGAAUGAAUAUCAGACUAGUUCGCCAAACAAUGAACCAGAAACACAAUACGAAGAGGGCGAGUUAGAAGCUGAGUGGCUUGUAGCGGCAGGUUUUCCACAACUCACGAAACCAUUCGAACAGGGUCUCGAAUUGCGUACUUCGCAUUUGGAACCGAUCCUUGCGACACUAUCCACCCAUCAUGCCGAAGCCAUCAAGCAACGCGUCCGAGCUUUGAAUCACACAGUACGUGGACGGACAAAAAAUAGACAAAAACGCAAGCCAGACAUUAGAGAUGUUUUUCGAGAUUUUGAUGAAUCGAGUACUGGAACACGGUCCCGCAGUGCAACACCAGACUCACUCGACUCGAUUCACGGCGAUGAAGUUUGGGGAAAUGCGUCCAUACCCAGUUUUGUGAGCAUUUUCGAUCAUGGCUCUGUUACGGACCCAGGAAAUGGUCACCAGACUUUACAGUUGGGUAAGAAUCAAAAACAACGACUUCGACGAACACCUAGCGCACCACUUAAAGGUUCACAAGAUAUUUUUCGGGGAUCACAUGUUCGUUGUGAUAUUCCAAUGUUCGCUGCAGAAGGGAUUGAAUUAUUGGGCUUUUCACGAAUCGGCACCAUUCAUAUCCCUCGCAACCGGUCAGGCUCUGAUCCAUCUUGCUCAGUAGGACGUGUACACGGCGAACUUAUUCAAUAUGCGAACAGUGACAACAAUGCUUCAGGAGAAUCGAGUGAUGAAAGUCUCUCUAAUGCAGCACGUCUGUCAAGCGCAUCUUCCUCAGAAAGCACUCCACAAAAGAUAAUAAAUAAAAUUAAUUUAGAAACACCGCCACAAAGUGUACAAAACUCGCCUUCGUCAAAGGAUGGUAUCAGUUUUGAAAGUAUGUGCCGUGAGACCUCUAGUCAAGAUGGAGUGGUAAGUCGUCCAUGCAAAAUAGCUGUCAUGCAUGAUAUUUCAUUUAGUUUUCGGCAAUACAACAAAGAAGGCGUUACUUUAUGACAUUUAGGGCUGUUUCACCAUGUCCAUUUAACAUUAAUAAGGACUAUUUUCACUAUCUCUUUUUAACACUAAUCCCCAGGUAAACAUCGUUGCCGACGUUCCUGACUCCAUUCACUUAACAUUGUGCCGGUUACGUCGGUAACAAUGUUUAAGUGGGUUAGGGCCUGUUGCUCAAUGCCUGGUUAUCACUACUUCCCGGUUAAACAUCAUUUUAGACGUUACACGCUUACACGCAAAUAUCCCAGUUAUGCAUACUUGCACUGCUAUACCA